UUUUAUAGGUCUUUUAUCUUUUGGAGUAAAAGAAUCUGCAUGGGUGAAUAAAAUUUUCACUGCUAUUAACAUCUUGGUCCUACUCUUCGUUAUGAUUUCUGGUUUUGUGAAAGGAGAUGCUGACAACUGGAAAAUAAGUGAAGAAUACCUCCUAAACCUUACUGCAAUAACAGAGAAUUGCUUAUCCUGUGAGAAUGUGACAAGUAUAUAUGGGAGUGGUGGCUUUAUGCCAUAUGGUUUCACAGGAACAUUGGCUGGUGCUGCAACCUGUUUUUAUGCUUUUGUUGGAUUUGACUGCAUUGCAACAACUGGAGAAGAGGUCAAGAAUCCUCAGAAAGCCAUACCCAUAGGAAUUGUGGUGUCCCUGCUUGUCUGCUUCAUGGCCUAUUUUGGGGUUUCAGCUGCACUGACACUUAUGAUGCCAUACUACCUACUAGAUGAGAAAAGUCCUCUGCCGGUAGCAUUUGCAUAUGUUGGAUGGGAUCCUGCGAAAUAUGUUGUAGCAGUGGGAUCCCUCUGCGCUUUGUCCACAAGUCUUCUUGGAUCCAUUUUCCCAAUGCCACGUGUAAUCUAUGCUAUGGCAAAGGAUGGGUUGUUUUUCAAAUGUCUAGCUCAAAUCAGUUCCAAAACGAAGACCCCAGUAGUUGCUACUCUAUCGUCCGGUGCAGUAGCAGCUAUAAUGGCAUUUAUGUUUGACCUAAAGGCUUUAGUGGAUAUGAUGUCUAUUGGUACACUUCUUGCUUAUUCACUUGUGGCAACCUGUGUCCUCAUUCUUAGGUACCAACCCAGUUUAACCUAUGAGCAACCAAAAUAUUCUCCAGAAAAAGCAGCUUUGGCUGCAUCUGAAAAGGAAUCUGCAGUAAGUGAAUCACAGAUAAAUAUGAUACAAGAGAAUCACUUCAGUCUUCAGGCCCUGAUUAAUCCAUCUGGUUUACCUACCAAGCAGACUGCAUAUACUGUUAACUUUUUAGUGGGUCUCUUGGCUUUCUUGGUUUGUGGCUUGAGUGUACUCACUACUUACGGGAUUCAUUUCAUUGCUAACUGGGAGCCCUGGAGUAUUGGCCUUCUUGCUGUGUUGGUGGCAUCCUUCAUAGUUACCAUUCUCCUCAUCCAAAGGCAGCCUCAGAACCAGCAGAAAGUGGCCUUUAUGGUUCCCCUAUUGCCAUUUUUGCCAUCAUUCAGUAUCCUGGUAAAUAUUUACUUGAUGGUACAAUUAAGUGGAGACACUUGGAUCAGAUUUAGCUUCUGGAUGGCACUUGGCUUACUUAUUUACUUUGCUUAUGGCAUCAGACACAGUCUUGAAGGUCAUCAUAGCAAUGGAGAUGACGAUUCUUGUUCAGAAAAUAGUGGGUUGCAAGAAAAGAACCCUGUGGAAGAAGUGGAUGAACCUGAAAAUGCAAAUGAAAGUGAUCAAUUUCUUGCACGUGAGAGGACAAGUGAAUGUUAAUCUAUGCAAACAUAACAGUCUUUUAAACCUUUAAUUGACAGUUUACUUGCAGACUGAAAUUUCAAAAGCUUUCUGCCAACACUGUGCUUCUUGAAAGUGUUUACUACAAGGCCUGGCUGAUAUUUUGGACAAGCUGCUAAUCCAUCUUUGUCAUUUCAGAACUGUCAGCAUGGAGAUUAAUAUUAAAAUUAAAAAACAAACAAGAGAAGUACCCUUUGGCACGCAAAAAUUUGGAUGCAUUGUUUGAACUGUCAUCCAAAAUCACUGGCAAUCACAAAAUAUGAAGAAUUUUAGAACUGCCUGCAAGUUCUGAAUAUUUGACGCUGCAUUGUGAACACAAGUGCCUUUCAUACCUUCUCCUUAUCUCUGUUACAUGUUUUGG